AGGCGCCAAUUUCUUGGACAAGAAACACGAAAUGGGUCGCGCACGAGCGCAAGAAGUUCGCCGACGUGCCGAGGUACAUUUGUUCCGCAAUUAAGGAUUUAAAAAAAAAAUCUAGCCUUGUACUUCAACAAUUUCCUAUUGUGUUAGAUGUUUUUGUUGUUGUUUUUAAAAUGUGAUGUAUUCCUUUCUGUGACCACGCGUUGUAAAUCUGAGAAACAUAGACUUUGUUCAUUUUCCAUAUUUAUAAUUUUCCGUUUUGUUGCGUGAACGCACGUUAUCUCAAAUUUUCGUUGAAUUCCCCGAAGUAAUAUUUUUAAUUGAAUUUUUUUCUCUCUUGUAAGCAAUUGAGAACGGAAUUGGUAGAACAGAUUGAUGGUCAACUCAAUGAGUUACUCGAUGACGUCCUCUACGAUGUGGAUAACUUGGAAUCCGUCGUAGAUCACUCGUUUGUUAGGUACGUUUGAAUGAAGUGCUCUCAGCGCCCCAGGUUUUUUUCCUUAAAAAGGAAAAAAGCGAGGAAACUGCUUCCUUUCGCCGGACUUUACAAACUAUUUUCUUUCCUUAUGACACAAUUUCCAUUGAAAUAGAUAUCUUGUUGCGUCUGGAAUUAGAACUUGUACUUUGCCCAAUAGGAGGAUAAAAUUGGUGUUCAUUGUGUAAUUUCCUUGUUUAGGAGAUCGCACGUGACAAUGUGAACGUGUGUGUUUUAACAAGCAAACGGCCCCAUGAUGGUAGAUUUAAACAUACAGAAGAGUUUAUGGAGUCACAGAUUUACACAGAAUAACCACUAUUUUAUCAGGAUUCCAUUAUUUCACUAUCUUUAUGUGUUGCAUGUCAGUUACGCUCGACUUCUUUUGAUUUGUAAGGCCCCAACAUUUUUGCGCGAGAACAGCUGUUGAAACCUAGCUCGCCAUCGAUCACGAAACAGUUUGAUGAUGAAACAUUUCUCGCCAAACGCUUUGUGCAAAUCAAUUAUACUUUCGUUUUAUUACUGGUGUGAAAUUUUUCAGAUAAUUUUGACUCGAAUAAUUUAACAUAAAAAGGAGAUACAGCUGUCAAAAUCUGUUUUGUGAUGGUAAUGUUUAAAUUGGAAGCUUUAGGGCAUAUCUAUCAGAGACCUUAACUUGCCAUUAACAGUACUUAACAGUCCUUAACUUGCCAUUUCUGGUUGGUGGUUUAGGGACUUUUCAAGCACUUUAGAUUGUCAGAUGGACAUAUUACCAAUAUUUUAUGCCGUUUUACAAAUGAAAUGUAUUUUACAUUAAUCAGGGUGAAUGUUUGUGAACCAGACAAUUUUAAUCCAUUAGCAUUUAGUAUUUGCUUGUGGCAUCAACUGAGCCACCUUAGGUAUCCUAUUGUACCUCUGCGAAAAUCAAAGAUGUAUUUCUCUAGAACAAAUUUAGAAUCACUAUAAUUCUCACACUAACAAAUUAUUCCUGAGACAAUUUUGAAACAAAAAGUGGGGCUCUUGUUCUCUUUGAACCUGUGAAAGCCAAGACACAACAAAUUCUAUGCAUCAUAGAAAGGUAUUAACUCUACUUCCCAGUGUGCAUGAAAGAGAUUUUCUCUUUGAAAAAAAAAGCAUUCAGUAACAUGACUUCCUUUGUCAGAAAUAGAUCAAUCAUUGUGGAUGAAUAUAUCUGCUGGUCACAGGUUAAUAAACAACAGGCUCAGUUUGCUGAAAAAUAAGUGUUUUACUUUUAACAACUAAGAAUUUGGCUGUGAGUGGUCUUCUAACCCUUCAACCUCCAUGAAUGGCCAAAACAGAAUUUCUCCUUACAAUAUCAAUACAAUGUCAAGAAGACAUUAAGUACUAAGAGCAAAGAAAAAUAUCAGCUGCAUGAUUGUUAGUUGACCCAAUACAAAAUUCUCUGAACUAACAUCAUAAGCAUUGUAUGGCAGACAGCAAGGAGAAUUACCACUGAGAUUGUGAGGGUGAGAGGGUUAACCCUUUCACUCCCAAGAUCUGUUUAGUAAUUCUCCAUACUAUCUGCCAUACAAUUCUUAUGAUGUUAGUUCAGAGAAUUUGGUAUUGGAUCAACUAAUAAUCCCAUGAUUGGUAUUCUUCUCUAUUCUCAUCACCUGCCUGCUUGAUAUUGUAUUGAUAUUGUAAGGAGAAAUUCUGUCUUGGUCACUUGUGGGAGUGAAAGAGUUAACAAGUCAUGUUUUGCAGUUUUGUGUUGAUGAGAACUCAAACAGCAAGUUGUUAUCUUUGGAGUCAGUUUGGUCACAAUAAAAAUCCUCUAUUUGCUUCUUAUAGAAUUAAGCAGAUGUUUGAAACAUGAAAAUAUACAUCUGACCUAUGUUAAAACCACCUAUGUUGUCAUGCCAUGCAUAAUCUCUUUAUCUUGUGAUUUAGAUCAUGCCUACUUCUCUUGUCUUUCAACAUGUCAUACUGGUGAUAAAUGUUAUCUGUGAAUAACUCACCCCCAUUUAACUAAAUAACAAGAAUUAUAAGGAUGUAACCUUUGUUUCAUAAUUUGAGUAUUUUGUAAUACAAAACAAAAGACAUCACAAUGGUUAUUCUCAAUUUUUUUUCUAAGUUGUUCAUCAUGCUUUACCCUUUUUAAAUGCAGAGUUUAACAUAACUAUUAUGAGCAUCAUGGCAGGCAACAACAUGUGGACCCUCUGCUUAUAGGAGGAAUUUUAACCCACUACACCCUAACAUUAGUAUAUAUAUUCUCCAUACUGUUCUCUAAACAUUUUCUAAGGAGCUGACAAGGAGAAUUUGUUGAACAAUCAAAAGCUUCUUAAUUGUUGAUCGUUUCCUUCAUUCUCAUGACCCUAUUGUGUGAUUCAGGAGGGAUUUGUAAGGAGAAAUUAGAUGCUAGUCACUUCUAAUGGUUGAAGGGUUAAGUAAGGACAUGAAAUUGUCAGGUAAAGCUUGGAGCUCAGAUUAUUAUCCUGAAAUAAAAUGCAACCAUCAGUCAGAGUUAUAUAAAUAUUAAAUGUUUAUUUAUUUAUUUUUUUAGAGACAAGCUGAAUGGAAAUAAAGUAUUUGUGGCAAGACAGUCAAUGUUGACGUAAGUUUGGCUGAUUUUAUGAACAAUUUUUAUCAGGUGAAACUGGUGGAUUUUAAUUUAUCAGUGCUCUUGUGAGAGGCUGGCUUUUUACAGCCUGAUUUUUAUGAGCAUUUAACUUGAUAAAUAUUUUUGCAAAGUCAUACAAUUCUUUAUUCAUAAUCAAUGGUCUUUUUCCUACACUAGGGAACUUCUUGAAGUUAACCAUAUCAAGACAAUCUACAACAUCUUUGUGGCCCUACUUGUCAUGUUUAUUAUAAAUACAGUGGUCUAUGACUACAUUGAUUCAGGGAGGUGAGGAGUUUUGUUCUUUAUUUAUUUAGACCUAAAACACAACAAAGCAGACAUAAAUAGAAACAUGAUGGAACUUAAUUCAGUUUAAGAGAAUAUCUCUGAAACAGAAUCCUGCACAGAGACAUUUAUCGGUGGCCAUUUCAAUAUUCUUUCAGGCAAGACAGGGGAGAGGGGGGGAGGGGUGGGGGGCAUGUGCUCAAAUCUCAAACAAUAGUUGAAGAGUUGUAAUGACAAGAUUAGUUGACAAGAGAAGUUGUAUUUUAAUCUCUUCAGGGAAUUGAAGGUUUAAGAAAAUAGAUUUAAAAUGCUCUGCAGCUUGCUAUAAUAUCACUUUUCCUCAAUGCUGUGCAAUCACAAAAAACACUAAGUGAAGCAUUGUACAUAGAUAUAAUGGUAUUCUAGAAAGUUGCAACCUCAGUGGAAUGGGUCAACUAUUUUAUUACAAUUUGUAGCACUGCAUAGUGAGACACUUUUUUGUGCUUUAUUUCAUUUGCAGUCUUUCACUUGACCUCUCAAUACUGAAAUGGGCAUUUGGUAAACCUUCGAUUGUUGUCAGUUUGUGGCUCGUAAUGAAGGUCAUGGCACUUUCUGCAUUUCCCCUUUUCAUGGCUUGGCAUACAAACCGCCAUUCAUGGCUGCCUCUACCAGACCUGGUCUGGCUUACUUUUUACAUUAUCUACAUGACUGUAUUUACAAUACUCCCUGUCAAAGAAGUUUGCCAACAGGAUCUUCCACCUGCCUCUUCAAUUAUCAUCCUUGCGGAACAGGUAAGGGCAGUAAGAAAGAAGCCACAGUCUUGCAUGAAUUCCAUAGAGUUUGUAAUUCCCUUUGAGUUACAGAAUUUCUGGGAUAGGGGGUGGGGGGAGAUGGAGGGGUGGUGUGUCACAAGAGAUUGAGUCACAACCCACCCCUGAGGGGUGUCAGUGUUGUGAGUCACUUCAUGCUAUAGAAACUAGGAUAAGCUCUAGUCUUAACCUGUAACUCCCAGAAGUGAUAAACAUGUAACUUCUCCCAAUAAAAUUCAUACAUUAUCCAUCAAACAGGUAACGAGAAUACUUAAACUUGUCGAGCAGAAGUUAUUAUCUUGAUGUAACACUAAAUUCUUGUAACCAGUUUACACGGAAAUGUAUAGCAGCCAAAGGGGAGAAUUGAAAUUAGAUCUUGGGAGUGAAAGGGUUGAUGGGACUGUAGAGUUAAUCUUUUUUUUUUUUUUUUUUUUUCAUUUUCUUUUUGUGUCUCCAGAUUCGCUUUAUGCUCAAAGUGCACGCAUUUGUCCGAGAAAAUGCACAUAAGGUUCUUUCCUACAAAAAGUCAAAAGGUAAAUAAAUAUAUUGUUAAAAUAGAAUUAUCAGUUCAGAGUCAAUCCUACGUGUGAGAAAUUGUCACCAUUAAACUGUGGAGCUGGGGAUUUAUAUCAAUCCACAGAAUUAGUUUUCUCCCUCUUAAUGAAACACUGUGAGGGGUUGUCACCUUCUGUGAAAUGAAAUACAUCUGCCAAGGAAUCAAGUAUCAAGAGGGGGUCUUCUUAUGGCUCCCACUUGAUCAGUUGAACUGGGUAUUUGAAAGUGUUAGAUCUCUUUCCUUGUUAUAGUCUUGUAGCUUGAAUGGCAAAAAUUGGUUCCUGCAAAAUACAAACUUGCUAACUGGUGAGAAAAGACUCAGUGAAAAUUUGGUUUUAUCAACUGAGUUGAUGAAUUAAAUGUGAACUGGCUAUGGUGAUGAGUUUCAGUCUAAAGCUGAUGUUUUGAGCGUGAGCCCUUUUGUGAGCACCACAGGUUUUUAGAAACCUACCCCCUUGUUAUACAGCAUGUUAGACUUGUUUGUUGCUCUUCUAGGGCUAAAGAAGAACUCAGAGUCAUCUGCAGAAACAGAUCAAGCUAAUGGGGGAGAUAUUGAUGAUGCAAAUGAAGACAGAGAUGAGAAAGAAAAGCAGUCACUACCAGAGUUUGGACAAUACCUGUACUUCUUGUUUUGCCCAACUCUCAUCUACAGAGAUCAGUACCCUAUGUAAGUAUCAAAAAUUCAACAACUAAUGCUUUACACCCCAACAUCAAUAUUCACAUUCUCUAUACUCUACUCAAUACAUUUCUUUUGGUACUGACAAAGAGAAUUUGUUUAACAAUCAGGAUGGAGAUCAUUUUCUUUAUUCUCGUAAUCUUAGUGAGUUAUUCAGCAGUACUGCUGUUGGGAGAAUUUAUAUGCUGGUCUCUUUGAGGGGUUAAAGGGUAAAAUGAUGAGGCUUGCAUUUUGGUAAAUGACAGAGUUUCACCAGGACAAGUCCUCAAAGGGGCAAGUGCCAUGUAGAACUAUUGAUUAACCCUUUCGCUCCCAAGAGUGAUCAACAUGUAACUUCUCCCUAUAAUAUAUCCAUACACAAUCCAGCAAAUGGGCAAUGAGAAUACUCAAACUUAUCUGGUAGAAGCUGUUGUCCUGAUCUAGCACCAAAUUCUCAUAACUAAUCUACAGGGAUAUGUUUAGUAGCUGGAGGGGAGAAUUAACAAUCAGAUCUGAGAGAGGGUUUACAAAUGAAUGAUUGAUAACUGGUUGGUAGGACUAAUGGGGAAUGUCUUGAUGAAUGCUGUAGUCUUCUCCAGAGAGAGUGAGGAGGUUCUUUUUGGAAAAAUAUAGGCUAGUGUUACUUAAAUCAAGCAGCUGUCCUUUAAAAGAUGUCAGAACUCAUCAGAAUAUUUAUCAUUAAUCCUCUUCAUGCCAUUAGUGGCACAGAUGGCAUACACAAGCUUUCUUCAUAGCUCCUUAGAAGGCAACAAAGAUUAUGAGAUAAAUCAGUCUCUUUUUUCCCUGAGAGUAUUCUAUUAGAUGCUUAUGAAACAAAACUUAGAAAACUUCCUCAAACAUAUGGGAUCAUUUUCUCAGGACUCCUUGUAUCAGAUGGAAUUAUGUGGUAUCCAAUUCAUUCCAAACCGUGGCCUGUAUCUUCUACACGUACUACGUUUUUGCCCGUUUUUGUGUGCCUGUGUUCAGGAAUAUUGGAAAGGGACAUUGGAGUUUUAAGUGAGUAUGUUGCUGAAUAUUAAGCCAGUUUGCAACGCAGACAGUUUACAUUGGAGGUUAAAAGUUGUAGACACAUAAUGCAUUCUUACUUAGGGGCCACUUUCCUCCACUCCCAAAAAAAGGUGAUUUUUUUAAUUUGCGUUGUGCACAUGAGCGCUCACCUCCCACCACUGUGGCCCGGGUUCGAUUCCCAGACCUGGCGUCACAUGCGGGUUUAGUUUGUUGUUGGUUUGCGUCUUUGCUCCAAGGGUUUUUCUCCAGGUCCUCUGGUUUUCUUCCUUCAACAAAAACCAACAUUCCAAAUUGCAAUUCAACCUGGAAACAGUAAACAGGAAGAGCCACCCUCGUGGAGUGCCCACCGCUAAAUCAUCAGUGUUAUAUAAUUAUUAUUAUUGUCCAACCCAAGAACGCCAUUCCAGCAGCAGCCUCUUCAAAUUUCCCAUUUUUUGCAAAUGUACGGCGGGAAACUUGAACCGUGUCUCACGUGAACUUUGAUUUUUUUGUUGUUGUUGUGUAUUUUCAGACAUUUCACGUUGUCAGUAUUCAACUGUAUGCUUCCCGGGACAAUGGUUCUUGUUCUUGGUUUCUUUGCCAUCCUUCAUUCCUGGUUAAAUGCCUUCGCGGAAAUGACCAGGUUUGCUGACAGAAUGUUUUACGAGGUGAGUAAAAAUCACCUCACCGUUAGUGCAAACUGGAAUGUAAACACUCUACACCCUAACAUCAGUAUGCAUAUUCUCCAUACUGUUCUUCAUACAUCGCCUUUGUUACUAACCAGGAGAAUUUAUGUCCUGGUCAAGAGCGUCCUUACAUCAAGGGCGUUGCUGUUUGGAGAAAUUAAAUACUACUUCGCUCGCGGUGGAGAAAAAGGGCUUGAGCACUGCGAGCCGUUGAGAGGUUUGCAGGGUCUAGCACCGAUAAUGAGGCUAGAGCCGCGGCAAACCUCUCCCCGGCUCGUCUCAAAUCUUCCCGCAGGCGAAGAAACGCGCGUCCUGCAGCGCUGAUAAAGAUAGUUUGCUAGCAAGCUAAUGAAUAGACGGCACAACUUGUCUCCUUCUCGUGAUUUUACAACAGGAUUGGUGGAACUCUACCUCCUACGCUGACUACUACCGCACAUGGAAUGUUGUAGUGCAUGAUUGGCUGUACGCGUACAUCUACAAGGACAUUUUGAUGGUGAGCAGCAUUAUUAGUUACAAUGUUGUAGUAAUUAGACAGAGUUGAUUGUGUAUCGGUCAGCACAGCGGUCAAUCGUCUGCACAUGUGCAAACGUUGAAACCGCAAUGAAGCAGCAUCAACAUAACAUGGUGUUUGGAAACGUUUGAAUUUUAUGGCCGCGUUCAAAGCAGAAUCGUAAAUCAGCGGAAAACCCUUCACUGAAUAAAUUUGGUUUUAGACGUAUCUCAAGUUUUCCUUUUCCAAGCUCUUGUUUACUUUUGUUUCCUUGAACUUUUCAAUCUUUUUCCGUAAAUUUUGCGUGCGCUGAGUGACUCCGGUUGUUUCCUUUAAGAAGUUGCGCGGGAAAUUUGAGCGCGGCUAGUUGCAUGCACGACGUUUCACCGCUGAAGACAUUAGGGACCUUAAGCAGUCAGGACGGCAACGCCAAGGAAGACUUCGAUUGAAAAAUAAGUUUCUGCCUUUGAUUAGAAUUUUAAAAAUGGCUGCAUGUGUUUACCGUCUCAUACGGCGCCACACCUCAACUUCAGCAUAACGUAUAAAAGAAGCGUUGUGUUCCAAAUGGAAGUUAAAAUAAUUUGCCGUCGCGGUUUCGGUUCGCAGACGACGCAAAUUGUGGUGAUUUCACGUUGUUGUUUUGCAUAGGACGGCUAAGAAAUGUACAAAGUUUUAAAAAGCACGGGCUGAGCUAUUGUUCUGUCAAUUAGAUCUUUUGUUUUUCCAUUUCCUCGUUGCCAUCGCCGUCGUGGUUUGCUGAAGGUCCCGAUUGUCCGAGUGACCGACAUCUCGACAACGCGAAGAUUAACCAGAGCGUAACUUGUCCUUCAGUCUAUGUUUCAAUUUCAGUGAGAAGACUUGAUAUGAUGCUACCGUACUCUAAGCGCCUUUUAAACUCUUUAUUCCCGAUGUGGUGUUAUAUCUCCCUGAGUACACUUCCCGCCCAAGUUAUGACUCUUUUCGAUCGCAAAGCUUAAUAAAGUUUUGACAUUUUUAGGAGAAAUUUAAUGUUGGUAUUAACUUGGCUCAGGCUAACAGAUUGUUUUAACUUUGUUUCCUUCAGCUUAUUAAGAACCGUCAAGUGGCAAGAGUGACCGUGUUUAUCUUGUCCGCCAUUGUUCACGAAUAUGUGUUGAUGUUCUCUUUUCGCUUCUUCUUCCCAAUUCUUCUCUUUAUGUUUGGUGUCAUAGGAUGUAAGUGAUUCAUUUUUGUUGUGACUUUUAUCUUUGCUUUCCUGGGGGAACGAAAUUAAUGUUCUGAGACGCUUCAAUAAGUAUUUGCCUACAGCAUGCGACCAGUUUUGACUUCAAAGUUUUCGAAAUGAAGACCUAGAGAAAAGGGUGCUUUGGUAGAAGCUUCGGAAUUGUAGAAGGGGGCUUUCUGACGACGGGGGUAGGCUUAUUUUAAAAAGUGUUAAUUAAGGGGGGGGUGCGUUUGGUUCUCCUUCUAGGUCCUGGCUGGGUCACCACUCUCACAGUAUCUCCCUGAAACUUGACGAAUUACUUGGCGUUUAGCUGCGCGCCAAGUCAUAGAUUGGAAUUAGGGGGAUAAAUUUAUGAAGAAACUGUGGUGCUGCGUCGUUGGAUGGUAUAACUUGAUAAUUUGAUUGUAACGACUAAGUUGAUAAUGUAAAUUAGACUUUGUAAUGGGUUUUCAAAGCUGACGUUUCGAGCGUUAGCCCUUCGUCCGAUUCCGCUCAGACGAAGGACUAACGCUCGAAACGUCAGCUUUGAAACUCUUCACAGUGGCCCAUGGAGUUUAUCAACUCAGUUGAUAACACUUAAAUAUCGGGUCACACGUUAGAUUUAGGUUUAAGCGUCUUUAAUCAGGCUUCUUGGAUCAGCAGGAUUGGUAGUUAGUUAAUAAUAUCGUUUUCCCAUCCGCCUUUCAAUUUCAGUGUCGUUUGUGUUCUUGAAACCAAAGAAACACGUCGAGAACAUAUCUCAGGCUUGGAACGUGUUUAUGUGGAUCACAUUGAUCAUCGGCAAUGGGCUGUUGAUGUGCUUGUAUAGUCAGGAAUGGUUUGCCCACCGGAACUGCCCCAGUAAGAGUGUAAGUAGCCAAAAGUUAAUGAACUUAAAAUUGAUUUUUUUGUCUUUUUCUUUAUACGGUGGCUUAUGACGGACACUCCGGCGAGGUUAUUAACUUGCGAUAUCAUCGCGCAGAAUGCCACGAAAUACCCGAGACUUUUUAAGUCUUAUCAGCGGUAAAUUUGAAACUGAAUUGACGGAAUGCGCGCCACCCAAUAGGGAAAAUGGUCUGAAAAUCACAAGAGGGGUGCAUGUUUUUCUUGUUUUCACUAAAAUCGCUUUGAAUAAACCACUUUUACUACAUGGAUUACCAUAUGGGAUGUAAAUCGCGAUAAUUUGCGAUCGUAACAUAUAGCUUUUGGUCGCAAGUUACGUUAUCAAAGUUAGUAACUUGCGACAGGAAAAUCCAAUGUUCCUUAUGGGCCACUUUAUUUAGGGAGCGACAGGAACCCAAUAUGAAUAAUGGGCUCCUGGGACAAGUCUUUGUCUUAAUUUAUACCAAUAGCAUUUGUCUGACCCUGGCAGCUUCGAAGGGCGUGAUCACUUUAACAUUCUUAACUUUUUAAAUUUUCCUCUUUUCAGAAAUCGCUCCUGGAUCAAUUAACCCCUCGGUCUUGGAGUGAGGAGUGUCUAAAACUGUACCAGCACACUCAAUAAAGAAAAAUCAUCUGCAAGACUUACUCAUGCAUCACAUGUAACAUACAGGAAAACAAAUGACAUGUCAUGAUCAAACGUAAAACCAAUUCUUACCGACCGUUGUAAAUUAAGAAAGAGGGCCUUUUAGUUUCACGGGAAAACUAAGUGAAGACUUUUAUGUGACUUUGAACUGUUCUGAUUGAUUUGAAUUGUCUGACUUCUGGACCCUUAAGAGUGGCUAGCAUCUAAGUUCUCCUUAAAAUAUCGCCCCUGAAUCAAAGACUUAGGUAACGAGAAUACGGGAAACGAUCACCAAUGAAAGAUGCUUGUGAAUGUUAAACCGGCAAAUUCUCCUCGUCAGCACCUUAGGAAAUUUUGGAGAACAGUACGAAGAAUAUGCAUUUUGAUUUUAGGUUGGAAAGGGUUAACCCAAUCCUCGUUAUUGCCUUUAAGGUUUUUAACGCAAAAUUUUAUUGGACGCUUUUAAAAGUUCAUCGGUUUUUUGAGAUUAAUACUGAAGACAAAUAGAAAACUUGACAUGAAAGAAAAAAUAAUGGAACUGAAUACAAAUCGUUGUCUCAUCCAUUAAAAUAAUAUUUGUCACACAGUU